AUGCCACCAUCUGAUAUCUCCAAUAGCGGACCUUCUACCUCUCACCAAGCACCUAGUCCGCGUCGUCUCGAUCGACUGGUUAUCACUCCUGCUACCAACAAUGUCAAAGCAAACAAUAACGUUAGCUUCCUUAGCCUGCCUCUUGAGAUUCGACUUCAGAUUUAUGACCUCCUUCUCGUGAGCCGAUACGACCCGGCACAGAACCCUUCAUGGGCGGUUGGAAACACUCAUCAAAAGCGCAUCAUCCUCGACAUGGAUCAAUCUCCGGAAUAUAGAACGAUGGAACCAGGCAUACUACGAACGUGCAAGCAAAUCUACCACGAAGCGAAUCCGAUACUCUACUCGGACAACGUAUUCAAGAUCGGUGGGGCAGAAUAUAUGUUUCGAUUUAUCGUGCGGGUCGGUCCUGUGAACAUCCAGUUCGUGAAGUCCAUAUAUAUCUGGGUGCAUUGGCUGUCUGAUCUCCAUCCGUGGCUGCAACUUUUCCCCAUUUUGGCCAAGGAAGCUACCGGGCUGCGAAAUGUUGAGUUUGAAUGGGGUGCGAAUCGUGAGUUUCCCUGGCACCUGAAGCGAGGGGUUAAGGAGACGGGCUUGGGUGAUAAAUUACACUUUCUGCGUACGCUCGGAAUAAUUCAGGGGCGAGAAAACUUAGCCACUAAUGGGUACUAUGCAAUGGAUUGGCCAGCAUAUUUGGAGCGGAGUAUGGCUCUAGGGGUGCGAGCGGUAUGUGGCGACUGCCGUGAUGAGGGAUGUCUGAGUGAUGAGGAAUCGAAGGACCGGGAGUUCAUACUUGCAUUGAAUGAGACAGAGAUGGAGAAUCUCAGGACGAGGUUUCCUUUCAAUAGGUAG